AUGCCUGAACUCAUUAAUGCAAAUCCCACGAUCUAUACACCUUCAAAAGCUUCUCACCGAAUCAUAACAGAAAAAGAAGAACAAGAAGAUUUUGAAGACACAAUCGAUUCACAAGAAAUUUUUGAUUUAAUUCGUUCGAUAUCAGAUCCCGAACACCCAUUAACCCUUGAAGAAUUAAAUGUAACACAACUUGAUCAUAUUAAAGUUGACGAUGUUAAUGCUUACAUUAGCAUUGAAUUUACUCCAACAAUACCACACUGUUCUAUGGCUACUUUAAUCGGUUUAUGUAUUCGUGUUAGACUUAUACGAAGUUUACCUGAAAGGUUUAAAGUUGACAUUAUGGUUAGGAAAGGUACUCAUCAAUCUGAACAAGCUGUUAAUAAACAGUUGAAUGAUAAAGAACGUGUGGCAGCUGCUUUGGAAAAUAAUCAUUUAUUAGAAGUUGUAAAUCAAUCAAAUAAUUAUCAUUAG